UCUCCGUUUCCUUGUAUCAGUCAAUUAGUAAACUACAGUCUCAUUGUGUUGGAGAGAAAACUGCUGCGUUUUGUGGAAUUAAGUUUCAUAUAAUCUGCAUAAUAAUUUUUGAGCACAUUACUGUAAUGGUCUCUUAUGGAACAGUAGAAAAAUUACAGAAUAUUCCAGAGUUGUUCAGCUACGUUUUUGUGGAAAUAGCCUUUUCUGAUAAAAUAAUGAUCGAAAUUUUUUUCUUUAUCAGUGCUUUCCUUCUGUCGUAUAAUAACCAGAAAAAUGUAAAGUGUGCUAUGGACAUUUGCGUGUUAAUAAAGAAGAAAACCAUCAGAUUAACAGUGCCAGUAGUUUGUUUUGUAGCAGCAACGAUUAUCUUGCCUCUUCUAGGUGAUGGUCCUCAUUGGAAUGACCUGUUAAACGAUGUACAUGAAAUUGUAGAGAACUGGCGCAAAUAUGUUUUUCAUUACAGUAAUUUCAUAGAAUACAAUGCCGUAAACGCCAAUAAACUUGAACAUCUAUGGUUUAUAAGUGCCUUGUAUCAGCAAAUUCUUGUGGCUAUACCUUUACUCUACAUAAACAACAGAUGGCCGAAGUAUGGAAAAAUUAUCACAGUGAUGUUAAUUGUGGCAGGAGUUGUAUCACACAUUACUGAUACGAUUAUAUAUAAAGAUCAUACAAUGUUUGGUUACUCUAUCGAUGCUAUAAAACAUGCAAAUUAUUCAACUCGCAAUUACUGGAAACCUUAUUAUUCACAUCUUAACUCAUUUUUUACUGGAUUUUUAUUCGGAUGCUUUUUGUCGAAGAAAAAAGAAAUUAAAUUUGGAUAUAAAACCCUUCUAGUAUUUUGGAUUGGAAGCAUUAUAUUGAUAAUUUUGGGAAUAUUUGGAUUGCACGAUUAUAAAAAAGAAACGUCACCAAACGAAACUGUAGUAUAUUUAUAUCAUACAUUGUCUCCAUUUGCUCUUACUCUCGCUACAACAUGGAUUUCUGUAGCAUGCGUUACAGGAUAUGGAGGAAUCUGUAAUCGUGUUUUUUCAUCGCACAUGUUUUGUAUAUUGGAUAAAUUAAUUAUUUGGAUCUAUAUUCUCCAUGUAUUAGUCAUGAUUUAUAUUUUGGGUCACUUACGAAAAGCUGUUUACGCAUCAGCAACAACUUUGUGGAUGCUGUUCCUAAUGGUGAUGUGCCUAACUUUGAUAGCGUCGUUACUCAUGCAUUUAUUUGUGGAAACACCUUUAAAUUAUCUUAUUAAUAAAAUAAUUGAUUUUUUCUGUAAGAAACAAAGAUUGGAUAUAAAGGAAGACUUCGGAAUUGAUAAUUUGCGUGAAAAUCAAAACAAUGUCAAUAAUGAAGUCUAAUCAUAUUGAUUUUCUUCAUAUGAUUAACAUAUUUGAAGAUAUAAUGACUCCAUAUAUGAUUAAACUGAU